AGGUAAGCAGGUGCAAGCCGCAAAAGUGCAGUCUCACUUUUCCACAACAUCGUAGGACGCGUACGGGCAUAAUUCACAGAAAUAAGCCAAUUGGAAUCGUAAAGAGCAGAAAGAAUUCGGUGUAGCAAAAGGAAUAGGCAGCAAUACAAAAUGGCCCGCAGCUUUGGCGUCGCCAUCGUCCUACUGGCGUUGGCCGUUCUCGGAAAUGCCGAUUUCAUAAGGGUGCCUAUACAUAAAGCCCCAUCAGCUCGUGAUCAUUUCCGUAGCGUUGGUACCGAAAUCAAGCAGCUCCGUCUGAGGUAUGGAGACACGACCGGGCCGGUGCCGGAACCGCUGUCCAACUAUCUCGAUGCUCAAUACUUUGGUGCUAUCUCCAUCGGAACACCGCCGCAAAGCUUCAAGGUGGUGUUUGAUACGGGUUCGUCCAAUCUGUGGGUACCGUCGAAACAGUGUUCGUUUACCAACAUUGCCUGCUUGAUGCACAACAAGUACGACGCCAAGAAGUCAUCGUCGUUCGAGAAGAAUGGCACCGCUUUCCACAUCCAGUACGGUACCGGUAGUCUGUCGGGCUAUCUGUCCACCGAUAGCGUCGCCGUCGGUGGUGUAACGGUCGAGAAGCAAACGUUUGCCGAAGCAAUCCAAGAGCCUGGGCUCGUGUUUGUGGCGGCAAAGUUUGACGGUAUCCUCGGACUCGCUUACAAAUCGAUCUCGGUCGAUGGUGUAACGCCCGUGUUCUACAAUAUGUUCAACCAGGGCAAAAUUGAUGCCCCGGUGUUCUCGUUCUACCUGAACCGCGAUCCAAGCGCUUCGGAAGGUGGAGAAAUCAUUUUUGGUGGAUCCGACUCCAAACAUUACACCGGCGACUUCACCUACCUGAGCGUAGAUCGGAAAGCGUACUGGCAGUUCAAGAUGGAUGCGGUCUCCGUGGGUGACAGUCAGUUCUGCAAUAAUGGCUGCGAAGCAAUCGCAGAUACCGGUACCAGCCUGAUUGCCGGCCCGGUAGCAGAAGUAACGGCCAUCAACAAGGCUAUCGGUGGCACACCGAUCAUGAACGGCGAGUACAUGGUCGACUGCUCGUUAAUCCCCAACCUGCCCAAGAUCACAUUUACCCUCGGUGGCAAACCAUUCACGCUGGAAGGCGCUGAUUACAUUCUGCGUAUCGCUCAAAUGGGUAAGACUAUCUGCUUGUCUGGUUUUAUGGGCAUUGAUAUUCCGCCCCCGAACGGACCGCUGUGGAUUUUGGGAGAUGUUUUCAUCGGCAAGUACUACACCGAGUUCGAUAUGGGUAAUGACCGUGUCGGAUUUGCUACCGCCAUUUAAAGUAGGUGCCUAAGUAAAUAGUAGAAACCAAAAGGAGACAAUUGAAAGAGAUGAUGCUGGUGCAGAACAAUAUGGUUCGUUUGUUGAGUUUCAGAAAGAUGGUUUGAAGAUCAGCAUAAGUAUGAUGAUAAAAAUUGGAGGAUGUAUUGUAUUUGAUCAAGUUAUUUUGAAUAAAUGCGUGAUACACGAACUAAAAUAAUAAUUA